AUGGACGUUGUUGAAUUCUCAUUCAGUUACGUUGUCACAUUAGAAAUUCCCGGUGUCGGUAUUGACAACGUAAAGGUGGAGGUCAUCGACCAAAGCUUGGUUGUAAAGGGAAACCGGUCUAACUGGUCUUAUGGAGAUGUUAGUCCAUCUAAGUCAGCCUCAUGUUAUCACAGACGAGAAAUUAUACAGGGACCUUAUCGAAUUGAAUGGCCACUUCCCACUAAUGCAAACAAGGGGAACAUUUCAGCUGAAAUCCAGGACGGGCUUCUCCGGAUUACGGUCCCCAAGCUUUCAGUGCUAAGGUGGCUGAGAAAAGCACACAUGUAA